AUGUACAUCACCCUCUACUACAUAGUUACCCGGCUCCCUGAAUCUCUUCGCUCGGUCAGGGACCACUUCCUCUCUGUUUGCCCCACCACACUCACCGUUGACCUCCUCAAGGAGCGCCUCCUGGCAGCUGAGAAGAGUAUAGUCGCUGUAGGAGCCUCUCGUGGUGACCCUCGUGCCCCCUUCUUUGAGGGGUGCUCCCCCUCCCCCCUUUUGCCCUCUGUUGCCUCCGCUGCUGCCGUCGACUUCGUUGGCACCGAGUCGGUCGGCCCCGCGUCUGCCCCUAGCGGGAGACGCCGCACCGGCAAGGGCAAGGGGGGCAAGAGAGCUGGAGGGGCUGGUGGGGGCGGCGGAGGUGGCGGUGGAGGCGGCGGAGGGAGUGGGGGUGGCAGUGGGAGUGGUGGCGGGGGUGGGGGCUUCCGUGGCGGCGGUGGAGGCGGAGGCGACGGCGGCGGUGGCGGUGGGAGCGGAGGAGGAGGCAGUGGCAGCGGUGGCGGAGGUGGCGGAGGCCGAGGUGGAGCUGGUCGGGGUGGCUCUGCGCAGCGGAGCGGAUUCGGUGGUGGUCAGCGCAAGCAGCAGCAGCGCACUCGUGACACCUCGCCCCCUCAGCAGCUUCGUGAGUGGUACGUUGCGCGUCAGCGGGGUGGGGAUGCUGGUCCUUGUGCCUACGUCCUGCGUACCGGCGACCGCACUGACCCGGGCAUUGACGCUGCUGCUCCAGGUGCUGGUGAGGCUGCUGCUCUAGGUGCUAGUGCGUCUGCUGCCCCAGGUACUAGUGAGUCUGCAAUCUCAGGUACCACGUCGGCUCAGGCCUUUCACACCUUCACCCUUGACUCUGGUGCUUCCCGCUCCUUCUUUCGAGACCGCACCACGCUUACGCCGCUUAGUCGGCCAGUUGCAGUCUCCCUGACGGACCCUUCUGAGGGUCCUGUCCUUGCCCGCUUCUCCACUAUCUUACCGUGUCCGGCGGCCCCCUCUGGCACCCUGUCCGGUCUCUACCUCCCCUCGUUCCCUACGAACUUGGUUAGUGGUGCUGAUCUACAGGAUGGGGGGGUUGACCAGUUCACUCCUAAGAGUCAGCGGGUGACCCACUGUACGUGUGCUCGGACGGGCCGACACUUAGCCACGUUUACCCGUCAGCCGGGGUCGAGCCUGUACACAAUUACUACUGAGUCUCCUCCGAUUGCCGAGUGUGGACAGGUAGCUGCGUCGGGUCAUGUGUUUGCUGCGGCGUCCAGGUCUGGUCCUGAGUCUGCUCCCUGCUCGUCUCGUCUGCUGUCCCACGGGACUCUCCUCUGGCACCACCACCUUGGUCACCCCUCCCUGCCUCGUCUUCGAGGCAUGGCCUCCCGUUACCUUGUCUCUGGUCUCCGUCGGUCCCUCCCUCCCCUCCCUCUGGGGCCUGCCCCUACCUGCGUUCCCUGUGUCGAGGGGCGGCAGCGCGCCGCCCCUCACUCCUCCGAGUUUCCUCCGACAGAGGCUCCGCUGCAGACUCUUCACAUGGACGUGUGGGGCCCCGCCCGCUUCCGUGGCCAAGGUCACGAGCGUUACUUCUUGUUGGUGGUUGACGACUACUCGCGUUACACCACGGUGUUCCCCUUGCGCAGCAAGGGUGACGUCACUAAGGUGUUGAUCGACUUGAUCCGCGCGACUCGUCUCCAGCUCAGAGAGAGUUUCGGCUUGGACUUUCCUGUUCUUCGUCUGCACUUUGACAGAGGCGGUGAGUUUUCCUCUGCCUUUCUGGAAGCCUUCUGUUGUGCACAGGGCAUCCACAAGACCUUCACGCUUCCGGCCUCUCCACAGCAAAAUAGAAUUGCUGAGCGCCGCAUUGGCAUGGUCAUGGACGUCGCUCGUGCGUCCAUGAUCCAUGCGGCUGCUCCCCAUUUUCUGUGGCCGUGUGCGGUUCGGUACGCAGCGCAUCAGAUCAACCUUCAUCCCCGGGUCUCCUUGCCAAAGACCUCCCCCACGUUGCGGUGGACAGGGAAGGUUGGCGAUGCGUUUGUGUUUCGUGUCUGGGGAUCUCGGGCGUUUGUCCGCGACUUGUCUGCAGACAAGCCGUCCCCCCGUGCUGUUCCCUGCGUCUUCCUUGUCUUCCCCCUUGACGCACCUGGUUGGCAGUUUUACCACCCCACCUCGCGCCGUGUUCUGUCCUCCCACGACGUCACCUUUAACAAGCCGGUUCCUUACUACCGUCUCUUCCCCUACCGCACUACGCCCCUCCCCCCGGCGCCGCUCUUCCUUGCGCCAGACGCAGACGAGCCUGUCGAGGUAGCUGUUGACUCUAGUGCUGAUAGGGGUGCUGAGCCUUGGGGUGCUGAGUCUGGGGGUGCUGAGCCUGGGGGUGCUGAGCCUCGGGUUGCUGAGCUUGGGGGUGCGGAGUCUGGGGGUGCGGAGCCUGGGGAUGCUGGGCCUGGGGUCGCUGAGCGUGGGGGUGAGGAGCCUGGGGGUGCUAAGCUUGGUGGUGCGGAGCAUGGGGGUAAUGGGUCUGCUCGUGAUCUGCGCGAGUGGUUUGCCCGGCGCUCGAGCCGUGCUGCUAGAGCUAGAGGUGCUACUGUUGCUGCUGACCCUGGGGUCGGCGCUGGAGGUACUGGAGACCCUGGUCCUAGCGGUGCUCGUACUGGCGGUACUAGAGCUGCUGGGACUGGGGGUGCUACUGGGGCUACUGGAGUUGGUCUUGCUGGAAGUGCUGCUAGUGGUGCUGGAGGUAGUAGAGCUGCUGGGGGUGUUGGCGCUGGAGGUGCUUCUAGCGCUGGUACUUCUGAGGGUGCUGGAGUUGGUGAUGCUGGAGCUAGAGGUGUUGUUGGCGCUGGUGCUGCCGCUGGGGGUACUGGUGCUGUCCCUGCUGUUUCAGGAGACGUUGAACGGCCGCGGCUGUACUUCGUUCCACUCCUUGGGCAUGUUCUUGGUCUCUCGCCCUCUCCUGGUCCUGCUCCUCCCUUAGCGUGUCCACAGCCUGUCAAGUCGCAGUCACAGUUACAGCCCGCCUUCCCCCUACCUGCUCCUUCUCCCUACACUGGUCCUACUGGAGGUAUUGCUGAGCAUCAGUCCUCUCUUCCUGUUCUUGCUAACCCAGAGUCUGACUCUCUUCGUGCUGCCAGUCCUACUGUCAUGCGUCUCCUGGCUAAUGUUGUCACUAACCCUUCCUUUGAGUCAAUUGCUGUGUCUGCCUUAGUUGCUGAGCUUGUCGACUUUGCUGCUCGUUGUCGUCUAGACUACGCCGCUAGUCUCGUUGCUGAGUUUGAGUCUGUCUGUCCUCCGUCUGUCGGGGGUGAGUGUGCUCUGAGCACGGACGUCCUUGAGGACAGGCAAGAGGAGUUCCAGUGUUUUGCUGCUGCUUUGCCUCAUCUCGUGUCCGUGCUGAUUGCCCCUGAGGGAGACCUGGAUGCACUAGACAUCCCGACUCCUCAAUCGUACGCUGAUGCGAUCGAGGGUCCCUACUCCUCACAUUGGCAGUCAGCCAUGGACGCAGAGAUGGCCUCCUGGAAGUCCACAGGCACCUAUGUCGACGAGGUUCCCCCACCUGGGGCGAACAUCAUCAGUGGCAUGUGGAUCUUCAGGGUGAAGCGGCCACCGGGUUCUCCGCCUGUCUUCAAGGCGCGUUACGUGGCUCGAGGCUUCAGUCAGCGUCAGGGAGUUGACUACUUUCAAACCUUCUCUCCCACCCCGAAGAUGACCACUCUUUGGGUGCUGCUGCACAUAGCCGCUCAGCGCGACUACGAGCUUCACUCUCUUGACUUCAGCACAGCUUUCCUGCAGGGCAGCCUGCACGAGGAGAUCUGGCUGCACUGCCCACCUGGCUUCACUGGGUCGUUUCCUCAUUGUACCCAGUGGAGCCUCCGGCAGCUAGUCUAUGGUCUUUGUCAGGCGCCCCGUGAGUGGCACGACAUAGUGAGGACUACACUUGCGGCUCUUGGGUUUGCUCCUUCUAGAGCCGACCCGUCGCUGUUUUUGCACACCGACACCUCUUUGCCGCCGUUCUACAUCUUCGUGUACGUCGACGACUUGGUCUUUGCCACUGCUGACACUGCUGGACUCGCCCACGUGAAGUCCGAGCUCUGCCUUCGGAUGAGUCCGUAG